CACCUGUAACUCUCUGCCCCAGCAGUCUCCUCUUCCCCACAAGACACCUACAGCCCCUGGAAUCAGUAGAGUCAUAAGCAUCCUGAAAUUUUCUGCCAAACGAUUCAUAAAUACCACUCCCCCCACCCGACCGCCUUCAUUCCACUUCAAACACAACCAUCCUUCGCUCAAUUCCACUCCUCCCCCACCACCGCAUAUCCACCACCAAGAUGUGUCCAUCGUGCGAACCUACCGAGGCCGCUCCCACCAAUGGACAUGCCAAUGGCAGUUCCAAUGGCAGUUCCAAUGGUGCCUCCAACGGCAACAGUGCGUUGUCCUCUUCCAACGGUUGCGCCUCGAUCAAUGCUAAUUCUUUCUGCCAGGCCACCCAGGAUUCACCGCUGUCGAGACCAAGUCAAACCCCCAUGCUCACCGAUCGAAUCCAUACCAACCAGUUGGAGACUUCUUAAGCAAUGUCAAUAACUUCAAGAUCAUUGAGAGUACUCUUCGUGAGGGUGAACAAUUCGCCAAUGCCUUUUUCGACCUCCCCAAGAAGAUUGAGAUUGCUAAGGCCCUCGACGAUUUCGGUGUGGACUACGUGAGUCAUAAUUGGAAAUUUUCAAACAAAGAAUCAUACUGACAGAUGUGUAAAGAUUGAAUUGACUUCCCCUGCCGCAUCCGAGCAAUCAAGAUCUGAUUGCGAGGCAAUCUGCAAGUUGGGCUUGAAGGCCAAGGUUGGUAACGCUGUCGAAGUGGGCGCGCAGAAAACUAAUUCUUCCCCAGAUUCUCACUCACAUUAGAUGUCAUAUGGAUGAUGCUAGAAUUGCAGUUCAAACGGGUGUCGACGGAGUGUAAGCUUUCCAAACAUUUUAAUUGUCUAACUCUUCUAACAUGAUGCAUUUAGUGAUGUCGUUAUUGGAACCUCCUCUUACUUGAUGGAGCACUCCCACGGAAAGGACAUGACCUACAUCACCAACACUGCCAUCGAAGUUAUCAACUACGUCAAGUCACACAAUAUCGAAAUCAGAUUUUCCAGCGAAGAUUCCUUCCGAUCAAACUUGGUCGAUCUCCUCUCCAUUUACUCCACCGUCGACAAGAUUGGUGUAAACCGUGUUGGUAUUGCAGAUACGGUUGGUUGCGCUUCUCCACGCCAAGUUUAUGAUUUGAUUAGAACUCUUCGAGGAGUCGUCAGCUGUGACAUUGAGACACAUUUCCACAACGAUACUGGAUGUGCCAUUGCAAACGCAUACUGUGCUUUGGAGGCCGGUGCCACUCACAUUGAUACUUCAGUUUUGGGUAUUGGUGAGCGAAAUGGUAUCACUCCUCUCGGUGGUCUCAUGGCACGCAUGAUUGUGGCCGACAGAGAAUAUGUUAUGGGCAAGUACAAGCUCCACAAGCUUAAGGACAUUGAGGAUUUGGUUGCCCAAGCUGUCGAAGUCAACAUUCCAUUCAACAACUAUAUCACCGGUUUCUGUGCUUUUACCCACAAGGCUGGUAUUCACGCCAAGGCAAUUCUCAACAACCCUUCAACUUAUGAAAUUAUCAACCCUGCUGAUUUCGGAAUGUCGAGAUACGUCCACUUUGCUUCUCGCUUGACAGGUAAACAGUUUCUAAUCCCAUUGUCUUACAGCUGAAUGCUAACAAUACCUCUCAGGCUGGAACGCUAUCAAAUCUCGAGCAGCACAAUUACAGAUUGAAAUGACCGAUGCUCAGUAUAAGGAGUGCACAGCCAAGAUCAAAGCUCUUGCGGAUAUUCGACCUAUUGCUGUGGACGACGCCGACUCGAUUAUUCGUGCCUUCCACCGCGGACUGAAGACUGGAAAGGAGGUUGACUUACUACCAAACAUGACCGCCGAGGAGAAGGCUUUGUUGGCCGCUAAGGAGCAGGAGAUCGAUAUACCCGAGAAGAGAGCGAUUGAAGCAGAGGCAAUUGUUGCCCCAGCCAAGAAGGUCAAAGCAUGA